UUUCCUUGCAUUGCAUUUUGGGAUAAUCCCUCCUCGCUUCAGUUUCCAAAAUGGCGAAACUUGUGAAAUUUGGUCAGCGAGUUGCUGUCGCUACACCUGGCUUAUUUAUUCGAAUUGCAAGCAAAGGGGGUGAUGCAAUGUCUAAAGCACAACCACAUCUUGCUAAAUUUUGGGCAAAUGCCAAAGUAGAAAUGGCUCCUCCAGGACCAAGUGAAUUUCCAGCCAUCAGAAAGGGAAUGAUUGAGAUUAAGGACAGUUUAUUGAGUGGUAAAUUUUUGGAAAAUUCUGUGAAGGAUGCUGCUGCGAAGGGCCUGGUGGCUGCAGAAGUAGCAUUUUGGUUCUUUGUUGGUGAAAUAAUUGGAAGAAAGAGCUUGAUUGGAUAUAAUGUUUGAAUUGACUUUAAAAGAAUAGUACUAUGUAACGUAUGAAAAAAUACUUCCUUGUUUACAACAAUUUCAUUGUGAAUGGUGUUUUCGCUGUAAUGAUUGCAAACUUCAUGAUAUGCCCAUCAGUUUUACGUGA